CAGAAUGAUUGACAUUUCAUCGCGCGCUCUGUGCGCCGCACCUGUUUUAAUCCCGCAAGACUGGAAAUCCGAAGCACAGCACACAGAGAGUCACCCGCGCACAGGUUGCAGAUAUACACACUCCUCAUCCCACAUUUAUAGGAUAUACUGAAGUCAGGGAGUCGACAAAGUGGGAGAGCAGGAACACGAGGCAGGUUAUUCUAGUGCCUGCACCCAGCCGGAGAUGCCAGGACUUUACAGCCUUUUCGGCAUCAUGUAGAACAGGAUGAAGCCCUGCACACCCGUGUUGAUUAGGAGGAGUGAAGUGGACAGAGUGACAGAUGCUUCCUUGACCAACUCUUCAAAUGUUGAUGACCGAAGGAUGGAGAAACAGACCUUGGUGACAGCUAUCAGUUUGUCCAUGAGCCUGGCGUCACUGGUGCUUCUCAUCACCGCUAUCAUGACUGACCACUGGUACGAGACGGACACCACACGACACAGGCAGAACUGCGACCAGUUCGGGCCGGACGCCAACGAACACAAGAACCGGUUGAUGCCCAUCUAUCACCUGCCCCUGAUGGACAGCAGCAAUCCUCGGAGGAACCAGGCGCUGCUCCGAGCGAUCCACGUCGGGAGUAGAGAGGAGCUCCUGGAAAACUGGAGGUCCAUUUUGGGAAUGGGAAUUUUAGAAACGGAAUGCGGGCGCCCUAUUUUCUCCACUUACUCUGGACUUUGGAGGAAAUGUUAUUAUCUAGGAAAGGACAAGGACAUCGACAACCUCAUAUCCAAGGGUAUAGCCCAGCGAUGCACCAUCAUCAAGUACCAUUUCUCCCAGCCCAUACGGCUCCGCAACAUCCCUCUCAACCUGACCCGCACCAUCCAGCAGGAUGAGUGGCACCUCUUACACCUGCGGCGGAUCACAGCAGGGUUUCUAGGCAUGGCGGCAGCCGUUCUGUUGUGUGGCUGCAUCGUGGCGUCUGUCAGCUUCGCCUGGGAGAAGAGUCUCACUCAGCACGUCUCUGGGCUGCUCUUUCUCAUGGCAGGUACUGUUAACCCCCCCAAAAAAAAUCACCUGAUAGUGAUAGUGUGUUUUCUUAAACAACUGAUUUGUCUCUCACAUUCUCCUCCUCUUUGCGGUCCCUCUUCCUUCUUAGGGACCUUCAGCAUCAUCUCCCUGUGUACCUACGCGGCCAACGUGUCCUACGACCUGGCCAGGGUUCCUCCUUUCAUCUACGGGCUGCCUGCUGACGUGGAGCAUGGCUACAGCUGGUCCAGCUUCUGUGCCUGGCUCAGUCUGGGGCUGACGGUGGCAUCUGGAUGCCUGUGCACCACCUUCCCCAUCCUCAGCUGUAGCAGCAGCAAAGCCCAGCAGGGCAAGGCUGCCCCAAACGCCAGUGUCUGACACACACUUUCCUGCGUUUGAUAUACACUUUGCUGUGUGUCACACACACACACACACACACACUGAGCUGCAGCAAGGGCUUGUAGGAAGAAAGAGUCUAAUAUGUCUGUGUCGGACAUCCCCCUUUACUGUGUCGGACACACCCCUUUAUGGUGUCGGACACACCUCUUACUGCAUCUUUCACAUCAACUCUGAGCCGUAGCAACAGCCUGCUGACCAAGCCCAUCCCCAGACAUUGGUCUGACACUGCUGCAGCAGGCGUCUGGGACUAACAUUGACUCCUACAUUUUCAGGGUGAAAACACUUCGGAGUGCUUCUACUAGACCCUGCAUAAAAAUCUAGGUUACCUCCAUGUAGCAAAACAUGCUGGAAUUAUGGAAAUAUUGAACCAUCAAUGUUAGCUACACCCCUGCAUUCAGGCUUUGUCUGGGGCCUUUAUGCAAUUAUGUCUGUGAUUCAGCCUACUGCUACAUUUCCACAUUAUAUUUCCUAUGUGUGAUCAGAAUUCAGUGUCAUGCAAGUAACGGUCAAAUCACUGGUGGGAAAACAGAGGCCUUGACGGGUCAUCAAAAAUGACUAAGUUAUUUGAAAGGAAAAUAACUAUAGAAAAGAAGAUAGAAUUUAUAGACAGAGGUGACUCAAACUGACAUUGAUAUGUACUCUGACCAUAAUGGAUCAAGCAGAAUAUACUAGCAGAUCUCUAACCAAAAUUGUAAGGACAUCCAUCUGUGGCUAUUCAUUAAUCCUCUUAUCAAUGGACACAGACCAAACCCCUGUGCUCCCCCCCCCAUCAAUGGAUAUCAACCCCUGAUCCUCCCAGUGGAACCUAAGAUGAGUGUAUUUACCUUAGUCUCAGUGGAUGUAUUCUGUAAUCUAAUCCCAGACAGUGAAUAAUUGUUGGAUGUGAGCCGUGGUCUGAUUGGGUAAAUAGAGCUGCAGAAUUUCAGACUCCUGAGAAGUGAAACUGAGGAACUCGAGAAAUAUGCAUUAUUUCCUUCCACCAUUAACAAAGUAAUUGGAAUAGAAUAAAAGUAGUAACAAAAUUGGGUUUGACAUUCUAUGACAUGUAUGUAUUUUGCUUCAUUUUGUGGUAGUACAGUACACGUUGGUAAAAUUCUAACCAUGCCAAAUUGAUAGUGAUUUUCUGUGUUUCACAGGUGGCAUUGUCUUUGAAGUCUGUGUGAAUGUCUCUUGAAUCCAGUGUAUCCAUCUCCUAAAAAGUGUCAUUCAGGCUCCACUAUGCAGGGGUUGAGUGUGUGUAUACAGUCAGGUCCACUGAGUGUGGUAGUAGCAGUCAGGAUCUUGACAUACUUGUGAAUAAGAGCGUCUAUAGCUCCCAGGCUCACUCUGUGGUAGCUUAGGGGCUGCAGUGAGGGGAAAAGGCUUGGGGUAUGGGAGGGGUCCACAUCACCUCCCAAUCCCACCCCAGUCCCCUCUCCCUGGGUGUGUGAGGGUACUGGUCUGGGGGUCAUGCUUUUCUUCAGCAGGCAGGAGAGCUGGGGACUAAGCAGCAAAACCAGGGUCCCACCCACACAGAGAACUCUGAAAAAACAUGCAUGUUUGAUUGAUUAAAAUAAAUCAAUCAAUAAGCAA